UACCUUGUUCAGGUCCUGUCCCCCAUUCCCUUCUCUCCUUCUCGUUGAUGAUAAACCUGAUGAACCGAGGUCUGGACCCUGCUGCUGCCCUUCCUGUGUUCAGCAGCUGGGUGAAGCCGGCGGUGUGGGCCGGUUCCGGGCACCCCGCCUUCCGCCAGCAGCAGGAGGUGCAGGCCUUCCUUAACCUUCUCGAGGACAGCUACCUGCAGCAAUUCUUGGCUACUGAUCUGUGCUUCCAAAUCUCGGAUAAGUAUCUCCUGGCAAUGACCCUGAUUUAUUUCCAAAGAGCUGGCCUGCAGCUCAAUGAAUAUACCCACAGCAACCUCUUCUUAGCCUUGUUUCUAGCUAAUGACAUGGAGGAAGACAGAGAGGACCCCAAGUAUGAGAUUCUGCCCUGGGCUCUGGGCCGGGGCUGGCGGAAGCUCGUGCCCAGCUUCCUCCGUCAGAGGGACCAGCUGUGGGCACGGAUGGGUUACCGGGCAGUUGUGAGCCGGCACUGCUGUGAGGAGGUCAUGGCAAAGGAACCCUCCCACUGGGCCUGGACCAGGGAACGGGCUGCCCACCACGGGGGGGCUCGUCGAGGUUCCCCCCAGCGGGAUCAGAACGGUUCCACGGUCAUGUCUCACGUCUCCGAUCUCUCUCCACUGGGCUGCUCCGUUUGUGACUGCUGGGUCCGGUGGGACCAUUCUCCAUUUCCUCCCGAACGGUGUUCCCCCAAACAGAACUCCCUGAAACAGCGGCCCCCCCAGCAGCAGCCCCCCAAACAGCCUCCUUCCACUCAGUCCCUUUCACACUUUUCCUUGGCCCCUUGGCCCAGGAACUUUUUCCUCAUUCUCCCACCAAGGCUGCAGCUAGAACCUGGAACCUACACUUUACAGAUCAUGCCAGAGCUGGCUGCCGCCGUCUCCUCUUCUUCUUGGCAGUCAGUAGGAUAAAGAGCAGGUGGAACCAGCCUGCCAGCCCCUCUCCGCAGCUGCCCCGAGUGGGCUGACUGCCCUCCCUGGUGUCAGGCUGGCAUCGCUGCUGCCCUCCCUAUCCUCCUUCCCUCCCUCCCUUUUCCAGCUUCCUCCCUGCUGGAUAACUCUCUUGAUUGACACCACGAUGGUCUUGGUUCCUUCUUUAAUAAAUUGGAGAAGAGACGUUG